AUGAGAGGUAGCAUUGAUGACCUGUCAGCGAUACGGCAAGAGGCGGUGGAGCAAACGCUGGCGCUUGACGCGCUAGAGGCCUUGCACGUCAAGGCCGUGCUGUCGGCUGCCCUUGAAAAGCUCGCCCUCAUCGGCGUGAUCAACGUGGACCCAGCUGCCCAGGCGCAGGCGCUGACGGAAAGCGUCGGCGACGAGAUCGGCCGCAUGAUAUCGGCGCAGCAGCAGCUGGAGCGGAGGUUUGAGGAGCUGGUGGCGGCGCAGCAUGAGCUGCGGGGCCAACCCAACAAGAUCAAGCUGCAGGAGAAUGAGGCACGCGGCUUCUGCAGCUCGCAAGGGCGGGACUUGCCGGGCGGGAGCAGCAGCGCCCAGCUGGCAAUCGUGUCGGAGGAGCUUAGGUCAGCGACGCAGCAGCUGUGCCGAAACCUGAAGGACAACCUCAAUAUUGCCCACCAGAGGGCGUCGCUGGUCGCGCUGCUGUCUGCGACGCUCAGGUCCCUGGAUGGCGCCAUGGACGGCCAGGCGAGCGUGCUGCCGGUGGUGGAGGCUGUCAACGGGUUCGAGCAGGAAGAGGCCAGGGCCCGCGAGCUGGUUGAGGCGGAGCGCGCGGCCAGCGCGGCAGUGCGAUCGCUGCGCCAGGAUCUGAAGGACGAGAGGGCGGCGCACGAGGUUGCGAUGCAGGAGCGGCGGCUGGCUCUUGCGUCGCUGAAGGAGCAGCUGCGGGGCGACAAGCUGCGGUUGGCGGUGGAGGGCAGGUACCUCGAAAAGGACCUGGCGGCCUCCAGCCAGGCCGCGCGCCGCCUGCAGAGCGCGGAGCUGGAGGCCGCCUCCAACCGCCUCGCGCUGCUCCGCCAGCAGAUCGAGAUCGAGCGCAGCAUCGGCGCGGCCGCCACGGAGCACCUCGGGCGCGCGGCUGCGGCGCGGCAGGACGACGCGGUCGGGUGGGGAUCGAGGCGGGAGGAGGACGUGCAUGCAAAAGAGCGGCAAAUCGAGCUGGUCCGGGCGCAGCACCAACGCGAUGCCAUGCGCUUGAAAGACAUGGAGGGGCGCCUGGCAGAGGAGCAGGAGCUGAAGGCGCGACGAGACGAUCGCAAGAGGGCCGAGGCGGAGGCUGCAGAGCGCGAAGCUGCUGACGCAGUGCGAAGGCUGCGGGCAGCAGUCAAGAUCCAGGCAGCGUGGCGUGGUUGCAAGCUCAGGGCAAACAUCGCCCAGACAUAA